AUGGAGGCAGUUGGAAAGAGUGAACAGCUGUUGGAAUCUGAAGUGCCUCCUGUGACCCAACAAAAAGUGGACUCUCCUGCUGAUGAGGGAGUUCUGGACCUACAGGCUUCCCUAAAGGACAGUGCACAGGAUGUCCCUGACUCUUCUGGACUUUCCUCAAUGCCUUGCCUGUUGAUGGAACUGAGAAGAGACUCCUCAGAAUCUCAGCUAGCAUCUACUGAAAGCGACAAGCCAACAGCGGGCCGAGUGUAUGAGAGCGACUCCUCCAACCACUGCAUGUUGUCCCCUUCUUCCAGCGGACAUUUGGCCGACUCAGACACACUGUCUUCCGCCGCCGAAGAGAACGAGCCUCGGCGUCCAGAAGCAAUAACCGAAGGCUGCGAUGCUGCUGCCCAAGGAGCUGCUGUGGCUCGAAAGUCACGGAGGUCCCGCUCCGAGAGUGAGACGUCAACCAUGGCUGCCAAGAAAAACCGCCAGUCCAGUGAUAAGCAAAAUGGCAGAGUCACCAAGGUCAAAGGCCACAGAAGCCAAAAGCACAAAGAGAGGAUUAGGCUAUUAAGGCAGAAAAGGGAGGCAGCCGCACGCAAAAAGUAUAACUUGUUGCAGGACAGUAGCACCAGUGACAGCGACUUGACCUGCGACUCCAGUACAAGCUCAUCAGAUGAUGAUGAAGAGGUUUCAGGGAGCAGCAAGACAAUCACAGCAGAGAUACCAGGUAAAAAAACGUCCUUGACCAAACUUGCUUGGCCCUCUUACAUGGUGAGCACAGGUGUCUAA